AUGUACAAAAAACCUACUCAACAUCUUUUAAAAACUCUUACUUAUACUAAACCUUACCCAAGACUUUUCUCUUUGCAUUAUCAUUCCAACACUAAGAAUGAUUUGAUUACCAAUACUUCUGCUGGUAUCACAACAAAUGCAAAUGUGAAUUCCUUUACAGGUUCAAACAUUACAGCUACUAAUUAUGCCCAUACAGGUAUUCAAACUUUUACCACACCAAACACAGAUACCUUUGCUACUUCAAACACAAAUAUUAAUGCAUUUACUGACGCAAAUGCAAAUGUAUUAAAUGAAAAUACAUUGCAGAAUCCAUUAUAUCCAAUACAUCCGGUAGAGUAUACCCCUCCAAAUGAGAAUCUCGAUCCAUUCAUUGCACCUUCAUCUAUACCAUAUCUCAAGACAAUAACGAAUUUCAGGUUGUUUUCAUUAUCAAUCAUUGGUUUGUUAACCCUCCACAAAUCUAUCUUGAACCUAGUAAUCAAAUUGUUCCCAAUUAUGCCUAUUCAAUUGAUCAAAUGGUUCAUUUCUCCCUUAUACUGUGGUGGGACAAAUUUUGAAGAAGUUAAAUCUUGUCUUGAAAAUUUGAAUAAAAGAGGGAUUUCCAAUAUCAUGUUAUCUUUAACCAUUGAAAAUUCUAAUAAUAUUAAAUUGGUUAAUGAUCAAACUCAAUUAAUUAUUGAUCAGACUUUACAAUCGAUAGAUUAUGUAUUGAAACCUGCAAUCUUGGAUAAAUUAUCCAAGAUUGACCCUACUGCGUCUAAUUAUGAACAAUUAAUUAAUGAAAUCCCACCAGGUUACAUCGCCUUAAAGCCUUCUGCUAUGAUCAAGGAUUCAAAUGAUAUUCUUUUGAAUUUUAAUAAUCCAGAUUAUCAAUUGGAGAGAAAUCAAUUGAUUGAAAAUUGUUCUUUAGUUUGUCAAAAAUGUCAUGAUUUAAAUUUACAAUUAUUGGAAAAAUUCCCUCAAAGAAAGACUCCAUUUUUCGUCACCACCAUUGAUGCUGAAAAAUUCGAAUUACAAAAGAAAGGUGUAACUUUCUUACAAAGAAUUUUAUUUGAAAAAUUUAAUUCAGAUAAAUUACCCUUUAUUACUGUAGUGGGUACUUUCCAAUUGUAUUUAAAAGAUUCUCAAAAAGCUAUUGAAAGAGAAUAUACUUUGGCCAAACAAAAUAAUUACAAAUUAGGUUUGAAAAUUGUUAGAGGUGCUUAUUUACAUUCUGAAGAAAAUGCUCAAGAUAUCAUUUUUAAUUCCAAAUUUAAAACUGAUGAAAAUUAUAAUUCCAUAAUGAUUCAAAUCAUUAAAGAUCUUUUGGAAAAUAAAGAGAAUUCCAUUUAUAAUCAUCUUGUAAUUGCAUCUCAUAAUUAUAAAUCAACUUUAUUGGCAAAUAAUUUGAUUCAAUUACAAAAAAAUGAAAAUGGUAAUAUUUUUGCCAAUUUUAAUAUUAUUAUUGGAACUUUAUUGGGGAUGGCUGAUAAUUUAAGCCAUGAUUUAAUUGAAAAUCAUAAUGCCAAGAAUUUAAUUAAAUAUGUCCCAUGGGGACCUCCAAAAGAAACAAAAGAUUAUUUACUAAGGAGAUUACAAGAAAAUGGUGACACUGUUAGAAAUGAUAAUGGGAUUCAAUUGUUGAAAGAUAUUUAUAAAACAAUAUUCUAA